GUACCAAGUUGCCAAAUCGCCGAACGCAAGAGAGAAAAGGGAAGUCGGCAGCGAACAAAUACAAGCACGAGGCAUUGUUGGCUGGGCUGUAGAAGAAUCGAUACGCUGCGGUUUUUGCUUUUAGGGCUUGAAGAUCUGUUCCUCCUUCGACGCCAUGGGAUCUGUGCUGGCAUUUACGGAUGAUGGAGUUCUACCGGUUGGUCUAGUUUUUGAUGCAUCAAGGGAGCUCGGGACCGAAAAGUGUGAACCUCAAAUUGUCACUCUGUCUUCUUCAAAUGAGCUGCCGGUGGGGCCUUCCACUGUCAAUAUUGUGUUUACUCUUUGUAGAUCGAUUGAAUUUCCAAAUGAGCAGUUGCUAGGGGAAAUCUCAAGAGUCUUGAAGCCUGGUGGGACAGUUCUAAUUUACAAGAUAUCUGAUGCUUCUAAAGGGGAAACAGAUAAGACCACCUCCGUUAUUGAGCGCAAGUUACUAUUGUCUGGUUUUCUAGAAGCAAAAGCUUUUCAAGUUAAAUCAAGUUUACCAUCUGAGUUAUCUUUUGGGGUCAAGGCUAAAAAGCCUUCUUGGAAGAUUGGUUCAUCUUUUGCCUUAAAAAAGACCACAAAAACUUUACCAAAAAUUCAGAUCAAUGAUGAUUCAGAUCUCAUUGAUGAAGAUAGUUUACUAACAGAAGAGGACUUAAAGAAACCCCAGCUGCUAUCAAGUGAUUGCGAAGUUGGAAGCACAAGGAAAGCUUGUAAAAACUGCACAUGUGGGAGAGCCGAAGAAGAGCAGAAAGUAGAGAAGUUAGGCUCCACUGUAGAUUUGAGCAAUUUCAAGUCGCAAUGUGGCAGUUGUGGACUAGGGGAUGCUUUUCGAUGCGCUACAUGUCCUUUUAAAGGUCUUCCUCCAUUCAAACCCGGCGAGAAGGUAUCAUUGUCCGCGAACUUCCUUACAGCAGACAUCUAGACUAGAACCGCCUUCUUCAAAUACAACUGAAUGGUAUGUGGUGAUGGUUUUCUUCGCUCCCUAGGCUACUGCUCUUCGGAUAUAUGAAUUUUGGGUUGCAUCUCUGUGAACCAAAACGUAAAUUCUGGUUCAAAAUUUGAUAGUGUGUUGUGGCCUUAGUUUGGUCCAUUUUGUCAUUAUCGUUUUACUGGCAUAUCAGACUUGUUUCUUCGGUUUAUGUUUGUUUCGACUUUUCAAAGCAACAGUGCUUAUUACUUAUUGUGUACCUGCUGCAACGCAUUUGCUCAUGCU